AUGUCGGGAUUUGCUUCAGUCGCGUACCAUUGCCGCGAGUGUGGCUACACGUGCGACGUCCAGACACACCCCGUGCUCGUCUUCCGCUGCCAUGCUGGCCCGCAGUGCAACGGCGCUCCGUUCACGCUGAUCAAGACGCAGCCGCACGGCGCGGACAAGUCGGCGCUCUUCCCGAUCGAGCUCAUCCGACAACGCCCAGCCAACCUGUGGCGCUACCGCGAGGCGAUUCCGAUCAUGGACGCGUCAGAUGCCACGAUCGUGUCGCUGGGCGAGGGCAUGACGCCGCUCGUACUUGACAAGGCGGCCUCGACCCCACUCCCAACUCCGACAGAUGAUGAUGGUGAACAUGGCACUGCACGUCCAAAGCACUACUACAAGCUCGACCACCUCAUGCCAACGGGAUCGUACAAGGACCGCGGAGCUUCGGUGCUCGUCUCCAAGCUGAAUGAGCUCGGCGUGAAGGCAGUGGUCGAAGAUUCGUCGGGCAACGCGGGCAGUGCGAUCGCGGCGUACGCUGCACGCGCGGGUCAGAUGGAGUGCACCAUUCUGUGUCCGGCCUCCACUUCUGUCGGAAAGCUGGCGCAGAUUCAAAUGUACCGAGCCCACUUGCAGCUCGUGAACGGCACGCGCGCAGACACGACAACUGCCGUCUUUGGCGCCGCUGCAAACACGGUCUACGCAUCACACAACUGGAACCCGUUCUUCAUGGAGGGCGGCAAGACGGUCGCCUUCGAGAUUGUCGAGCAGCUGGGCUGGCAAGCCCCCAGUCAUGUCGUGUGUCCUGUCGGGUUUGGCUCCAUCUUUCUUGCCUUGCAUCUCGGAUUUUCAGAGCUUCUGGCCGCAGGUGUCAUUGCCACGAUGCCAAGGCUCCAUGGCGUGCAAUCAACAUCAUGUGCACCAUUGCUCACGAGCAUCCAGCUCGCCAACGGCAAUAAUGGUGACACCAGUGGCACGACCGAACCGAGCGUUGCACAGUUUUCAGAUGCACCGGCAAUCGCAUCCGAAUCGUGUCGCGUGGUGCCGCUGGACGCUGCUGCUCCCACUCUUGCCGAGGGCAUCACAGCCACCAACCCCAUGCGGGGCAAGGACAUUUUGCGCGUCGUGGCAGCAACAAGAGGCAGUCUGGUGAGUGUCACGGACGCGCAGAUCGAAGCUGGUCUCCAGGCACUCGGAGCCCAGGGGCUGUUUGUCGAGCCCACCUCUGCAGUCGUGGUGCAUGCAUAUCGUCAGCUGGUCUCUGUGGGCGUCAUUCGCUCCAACGAGACAGUG